UCCAAUAAUUUUGCAGUUGCUGGUUUUUCUCGGCCUGUGUUAGACGUGUUGUGCGAAAAUGUCGACGAUAUCAGCGUUACAGGCUCAAAGGGAACAUGUUUUGGCUGUUUCCCGGGACUUCGUGUCUCAGCCUAGGCUUACCUAUAAGACCGUGUCCGGUGUGAACGGACCAUUGGUCAUCCUCGAGGACGUUAAAUUUCCGAAAUUCAACGAAAUCGUCCAACUUAAACUGUCCGACGGCAGUCUUCGUUCAGGACAAGUGUUGGAAGUAAGCGGCUCCAAAGCCGUCGUCCAGGUGUUCGAAGGCACUUCUGGCAUCGACGCCAAACACACAGUAUGCGAGUUCACCGGCGACAUUCUCCGCACCCCCGUCUCCGAGGACAUGUUGGGUCGUGUCUUCAACGGAUCCGGAAAGCCCAUCGACAAAGGGCCCCCAAUUUUGGCUGAGGAUUUCUUGGACAUCCAAGGUCAACCCAUCAAUCCCUGGUCUCGUAUCUACCCAGAGGAAAUGAUCCAAACCGGUAUCACCGCCAUCGACGUGAUGAACUCCAUCGCCCGUGGUCAGAAAAUCCCUAUUUUCUCCGCCGCCGGUCUGCCACACAACGAAAUCGCUGCCCAAAUCUGUAGGCAAGCUGGUCUUGUCAAGGUGCCUGGCAAAUCCGUUUUGGACGAUCACGAGGACAAUUUCGCCAUCGUGUUCGCCGCUAUGGGUGUCAACAUGGAAACCGCUAGGUUCUUCAAGCAAGAUUUCGAAGAAAACGGCUCCAUGGAGAACGUGUGUCUUUUCUUGAACUUGGCAAACGAUCCCACCAUUGAAAGAAUCAUCACCCCCCGUUUGGCUUUGACCGCCGCCGAAUUUUUGGCCUACCAAUGCGAGAAACACGUCCUGGUCAUCCUGACUGACAUGUCCUCUUAUGCUGAAGCUUUGCGUGAGGUAUCCGCCGCUCGUGAAGAAGUACCCGGUCGUCGUGGUUUCCCCGGUUACAUGUACACCGAUUUGGCCACCAUUUACGAACGUGCCGGACGUGUUGAAGGUCGUAACGGCUCUAUCACUCAAAUCCCCAUUUUGACUAUGCCUAACGACGACAUCACCCAUCCCAUUCCCGAUUUGACCGGUUAUAUUACCGAGGGACAGAUCUACGUCGACCGUCAGUUGCACAACAGACAAAUCUACCCGCCAAUCAACGUGUUGCCUUCUCUGUCCCGUCUGAUGAAGUCCGCUAUUGGUGAAGGUAUGACCAGGAAAGACCACUCUGAUGUCUCCAACCAGUUGUAUGCUUGCUACGCCAUUGGCAAGGACGUGCAGGCCAUGAAGGCCGUAGUGGGUGAGGAAGCCUUGACACCCGACGACUUGUUGUAUCUGGAGUUCCUGACGAAGUUCGAGAAGAACUUCAUCACGCAGGGUAACUACGAGAACCGCACAGUGUUCGAAUCGUUGGACAUCGGCUGGCAGUUGCUCCGUAUCUUCCCCAAGGAGAUGUUGAAGCGUAUACCCGCCACCACGCUCGCGGAAUUCUACCCAAGAGACUCGCGCCAUUAGUUUUAUUUUUAUCAAUUUAUAUCCCUAGUUCCAUAGAUUUGUUACAAAUUGUCCACUUACUUUAAAAGUAGUUGCCCUAAAGCCAUGUUUAUUUGGUGCAAUUGUGUAAAUAGUAACUGUAACGGCUACAACAUAUGCACACGUAUUUUAUUUUGCGUAUUUUGUUUUCGUCUCCUUGAAGAAAACGAAGUAUGGUUGUAUAAAUUACUUUUUAAGAUUAAAUCGAUUUUAUCAUGUAUAGUUUCAAAAUAACCGCGACAAUAUUUGUAAUAUAUCAUACUUUUUGAUGAUAUUAAAUAUAUGAAGUUAGUGUUUCAUCCAUUCAAUGUUUAAAAAAAGUGGAAAAAUUAACAUUCCAUUAUGUUUAUCAUUUUUAUGUUGUAUAAAGCAAUACACCCCAGCUUUCAGUAUUUUUAUUCUAGUUUGUUAUAAAUGGUGAACGGAAUUUUCUUUUUUUCAGCGUAGCAUUUGACAUUUUGAUGUUAUUGUAAAAAAUUAAUAAUCUAAUGUUAUGUUUUAGAUUAGUGUACAAAAUUGUGAAUAAAUACCUACAUGUUACACA